AUGGCUGCUUCCACGAAUAUAAGCAAAGGCGCUGUUAUCUCUAAGACAGACUACUUGAAACGUUAUUUGUCAGCUGAUGAAGAUGGCAAGAAAGCGAAAGAAAAGAAAAUAAGGAAGAAACGCCCAAAACCGUCUGGGAGAGGAAUGAAAAUUGUUGAUGACGACGUAGACUGGAAACAACUUGUCAGAAACAGCGAAGAAAAAGAGGACAAGGAUGAAGAUGACGAAGAAGCCCCAGUGAUUGCAGAGAUAGUAGACGAGCGGCCAGAGGAGGUAAAACUGUUGGAAGCCUUUAGGACCAGUAAUAAAUGGAGAGUGAUGGGAGCUCCAAAUGAUGAAUUCCAAGAAGAGAAGAUACAUGGAGCACGACAUGAUUCCCCUGACGCUUCUCCGGCACAAAGAAUCCAACACGACUCCCCUGACUUCUCACCUAAGAGAAACUGUUACCACAACUCCCCUGACCUUUCACUUCAAAGAAAGAAUCGCCAUGACUCCCCUAACCUUUCACCUCAGAGAAACCGUCGCCAUGACUCCCCUGACCUUUCACCUCAGAGAAAAAGUCACCAUGACUCCCCUGACCUUUCACCCCAGAGAAAGCGUCGGCAUGACUCCCCUGACCUUUCACCUCCAAGACAGAGACCAGGUGGUGGGAACCGCCGGUAUGAUUCUACCUCACCCUCACCUCCACGAAAGCUUACAAAAACCUCACAUUCUGGAUCACAUAAACAAGACUCAUCAAAAUGGUGUCCUCGGACACAGCCCAGUUCUGACUCUGACCUGUCCCCACCCCGCAGGGGGGCACAGGCCGGCAGAGACUCAGACUCUGACCUGUCUCCGCCCUGCAGGACACAGAAUGCUACAAGGAUGCUGUCUGGAGGUGCUGCAGGCCUGGUCUCUGUGGAAACCCUUAAGAAAGAACAGGAUGAAAUUCGCAGGAGGGAAAAACAGAACCAGCCUUUGGAAGAGGACUCCCGUAAUGCUGAAACCGUGUUCAGGGACAGGUCCGGGCGCAGGCGUGAUUUGGAGUCAGAGAGAGUGGAGCAGAGCAGGAAGGCGGGAGAGAAGGCAGAGAAGGAUGAGAAAUACGCUCAGUGGGGGAAAGGGUUGGCCCAGAGCCUAAUGCAGCAGCAGAACGUGACCGACGCCCUGCGUGAAGCUCAGAAGCCCCUGGCACGUCACAUUGACGACGAGGACCUGGACCGCAUGCUGCGAGAGCAGGAGCGUGAGGGUGACCCCAUGGCAGCCAUGCUGCGCAGGAAGAAAGAGAAGACUGCCAAGCUCAAAGGAGUCAGAGAGAGACCCCGUUACAAUGGCCCAGCCCCUCCACCCAAUCGCUUCAACAUAAUGCCGGGGUACCGCUGGGACGGAGUGGACAGGUCUAACGGGUUUGAGCAGAAACGCUAUAGCCGCAUGUCCGAUAAGAAAGCUCUGCAGGAGGUGGCCUACAAAUGGAGUGUGGAGGACAUGUAGAGCCACGCGUUCUCAGCAGGACGCCCAUGUCACGGCACAGGAUUCUGGAUUUGUUCAAGAAUCUUUAUAUUCCACUUUUAUGUUGGGUUAUUUUGAGAAUCAACGUGCAGAAGAAAAUUGUUUUUUUGUUUUGAUAUGUUGAGAUAUGAAAGCCCCUAAGAUACCUGUAUUUGUCCGCCCUGUUUUCG